AUGCGGUCGUCGUCGGCAUCGAUCCUCCGCAGUCUCUGGUCCAUCUUUGACGCAUCGACGACUGGAACGCUGUCCGAGUCCGAGUUGCGCCAGCUCUUUCUCGCAGUGCUGCUCAUGGCCGACGCGACAAGCGAGGACGCGUUCGACGUGGCGGCCUACGUUGGCGCGGCCGAUGCCAUGGUCGCCUCCUUCCACCUCCAUGCCAACGCGAUCUCGCUGCCGCACUUUGUGUCGUGGACGAGCGCGUCAUGGCCGCUCCUGCACACAGUCUUUAGCGCGUGGAUGGCCCACAAGUGCUUUGCCUCGCUUCCGUCAACGCGCUCGACGUACAUGGCGCCCCGCCUGUCGCACCCAUCCGACAUUCUCUCCCGUGGCGAGCUCAUUGCGCUCUCGGGGCAGUCGAUGCAGCUCCAAGACACGUGGGACCGUCUCUACACCAGCACGCAGGACGGUCUGAGCUUUAACCGCUUGUGCUACCAUCUUCUCGGGUAUGCGGGGCCGACGCUGAUUGUGUGCACGGCCAUGGACGGCGCGACGUUUGGCGCGUACUGCGACACGCCGUGGAAGGACCAGAGCAAGUUUUUUGGAGGCCCAGGGUGCUUUCUCUACCGGCUUUGCCCCAACUUGCUCGUGUGUCCGAGCGCCGGCGGCACCAACUUCAUGUACUUCAACACGAAAGGCGUCGCGCUGCCCCGGGGUCUCGGCCUCGGCGGCACGACCAGCAAGUGCCGCCUCUUCUUUGACGAGGACCUCGACGACUGCUACACGGCGCUCAAGUGCAAUACGUUUGCGCCCGGCUCGCUCUCGCUCCGUUCGUCGUUCCAGAUCCAGACGCUCGAGAUUUGGGGCUGCGGCGGCGCCGCCAGUCGACAAGCGCAGAAAGGGUACCGCGCCGAUACAGCGGAUCUUAUCAACAAGGCGCGCAAGGUCGACAAGGCGCAGUUUGUGAGCAACGGCUUUGACCGGGAAAUGUUCCUCGGCAAGACGUUUGGCCAUGGCACGGACGCUGCGCGCAUCGCCGACGACGAGCAGUAG